AUGGCACGGCUGACAAAACGCUGUACAGGCCAACUCUCCUACAUUCACACAACCAAGGGAUCGACGGGCGAAACACAGGAUGAUGAGCCCAACGUGGCGCACGAGAAUGGUAACCAGCGAGAGCUGGAAUUGAAUCGGACCCAAUCCAUUAGCUUAGCAAGCAACUCGACACAUCAAAGUCAGCCUGAUCUAAAAGUUCAGAUGGACAAGCCUGCUCGGAAUUUCCCGGAUCCCGCGUCUCUAUCCUCUCUCGGACGGUCCCCUUCAAUGUCGCGUUUUGCUUCGGAAACGCUCACUGUUCAGAGUCACAGGAGCGAGUCACUUACCUUUUUCGGAUCCCCCUUUCCGCCGGCGCGUAAUGAAUAUCCUAUUGGCCCGUUGAAGGGGCUUUCAGAUAGCGCGACAAAUGCAUCAUAUGCGAGCUUGGAAGAAGCUUGUUUGAUACGGCACUUUACUGAGAAUCUUGCUUAUUGGUUCGAUACUUGCGAUAGAGAUCGCCACUUUGAAUUGAUAGUUCCACAGCGCGCUAUAUUCUGUCCGGUCCUACGAUAUGCCAUACUUACCGCAUCGGCUGGUCAUCUCACUCGAUUAGUAGCAUGCCGUGGGAAUCCAGGAAAUGAUGUCGUGGAAGUAUCAGGCGUCAGGCUCCCUGGGCUUACCAUGGACACGGCGGUCCGUUACCACGACACCUGUAUUUCAUAUCUUCUUGAACUGUCAAAAGACCCAAAUGAGCAGUACAAUGAGGAUAUAAUUACUGCGGCGACUAUACUACGCUUUUACGAACAAAUUGACGCCCCAUCCAUCGGCAUCGACUCCGAGGCAUAUCUCAACACCGUCCAAUUCAUCGUUCAUAAUCAACAUAAUGACUCCUUUUAUUCAUACCACACGAUUCAAGGACCACCCAGGGAUUAUCAUAUCCACUCGAUUCCGUCAACCUCAUUACGACAUUCCGCCUUCUUGAUUGCCCUCCGACAGGAGAUCUGGAGUGCAUUCUUAAACCAGCGCACAUUCCGUCUACCCGUCUGCCCAUCAAAUGACUAUACUGUAUUCGAUUCAGCAAGCGACUUUGUCUGGACGAACAGGAUCCUAGUCUGGUGUGCAGAUCUUCUGAAAUUCUGCUUCGAUGAAAGCAGAUCAAUGCCCCCAGCCAAACGAGUUGAACGAUGGACGACGUUGAAAUCAUUCGAUCUGAUGUGGGAAGCGAAUAGACCACUGGACUUCAAGCCACUUUAUUUUGAAGACACCGAUCCCGCAUCUGGGAAGUUCUUUCCUGUCAUCUGGCAUCAAAACCCUUGCCAGGUUGUCGGAGCCCAGCAUGUCGAGCUAUCCCGCAUCUUGCUUGCUGUAUCAAAUCCACAUCUUUCCAGGCUAGGACUUGCUGCUCGCUCGGCAAAUCUUGCCUUGGAGGAGGAGUUGCGAUGUAUCAUACGUCGGCUUAUAGGGUUGGCGCUGUCUAAUCCGAAGUGUCCGGUGGUGUUUGUUGAUGCUGCGGUUGGAAUCUCUGUAUGCGGGGAAUACCUUACAGACCCAGCUGAGCAGAAUGCUGUUCUUGAAUUUUUGGCGGAUCUGGAGCUUAAUUAUGCUUGGCCGACUACUGCUACAUCUACUGCUCUUAGAGAAGCAUGGCAGACUAGGCUACUAUCAUAG